UUCAGCAUCCCUGGAAUGGCUGGCUGUGGCCUCUUGUUGACCCUCCUUUGAACUGGAGCCUCUUCAGGGAUCAGCCCCGGCCAAGAGGGUUAUGGUGCCUCCACUUCGUCCUCUGAGCCCUAAGGAGAAAGAGAAAGGCUAAGUGUCGAGCCGGGCCUGCCUGGGCCGUUGCCAGGGCUUCUUGCGGAGUCCGCCAUGAGCCACGCACGGGUCUCCUCUGAGCUCCAUCACAUCGUCUCGGGUGCCUUUGAAGGGUCGGAGCCGGACGGGACGGGCCCCGCGUCACCCGCCUUCGCGGUGCCAGAGGAGGAGAAGGACCUGGGAAAGGCGCUGCGCGUGGAGCGCUUCGAAGAGAUCUUGCAGGAGGCGCACCCACGUGGCGUGGACGAGGCCGGCCGGAGCUACAGCGAGGAGGAUUUCGAAUACCACCGCCAGUCUUCCCAUCACAUCCAUCACCCACUUUCCAGUCACCUGCCCUCUGAUGCCCGCCGGAAAAAGGGGGCGUCCAAGAAAAGCAAGAAGAAGAGACCCCGGGCCUCAGUUGCUGGGGAGACACCCACCAUUGAGGAGGAGGCUGAAGGGGGAGAGGAAGAAGAGGGGGAGGAUGACACCUGUGACACGGAGACAGAGCCCACCCCAGAGGACCUGCUUCAGAGCAGCUCUCCAAAGGGUGUACAGUUCUUUUUGCAAGAGGACGAUGUUGACCGGCAGAACCUGCUCUUGGGAGAGCAAGCUGCAGCGUUGCCCUCGGGCCCAAGGACUGACUGUGGGUCCCCCCAGGGCUUGGGGGGAACCAAGGCAAGCAGCUUGGAGCUCAGGGAUGCAGGGGUUGCCUGCGUGAUCGAGGGCAGCUCACCCCCAGGGCGCCCGCUCUCCAAAGCGCAGCUGGGCCAUCGCAGCUACAACCUCAACGAGCGUCGCCGCAUUGGCAGCAUGACUGGCACGGAGCAAGCGCAGUACCAGAAGGUGCCCACCGAUGAGUCAGAGGCGCUGACCUUGGCCUCAGCAGACCUGGAUUACAUGAAGAGCCACAGGUUUGAGGAUGUUCCAGGAGUGCGCAGGCACCUGGUCCGGAAGAGCACGAAAGGACAAGUGGUGCACCUUGGCAAAGACCGCCAGGAGGCCAGUGCCCGGCUGCGCAAGCAGGACCGGAAGCCUCACGAGGUGUUUGUGGAGCUGAAUGAGCUCAUUGUGGACAAGAACCAGGAGAUGCAGUGGAGGGAGACGGCGCGCUGGAUCAAGUUCGAGGAGGACGUGGAGGAGGAGACCGACCGCUGGGGCAAGCCCCAUGUGGCCUCCCUUUCCUUCCGAAGCCUGCUGGAAUUGCGCAGGACCCUCUCCCAUGGAGCUGUGCUUCUCGACCUGGAUCAGAAGACGCUGCCCGGAGUGGCCCACCAGGUGGUAGAGCAGAUGAUCAUUUCUGACCAGAUUCGUGCCGAGGACCGUGCCAAUGUGCUGCGGGCACUGUUGCUUAAGCACAGCCAUCCCUCUGAUGAGAAAGAAUUCUCCUUCCCUCGCAAUAUCUCAGCCGGGUCGCUCGGCUCUCUGCUGGGUCACCACCAUAGCGCCAACCAUGUGGGAGAAUGCACAGAGCCCACCGCCACUGAUCCACUCAUUGGCCACGUGGGUGAGCAUGAGACACGGGUGGACAUUGAAAAGGAGACCCUGCAGAAGGAGAUCCUGUCCCCUGCUCUGCCUGGCGCCAUGACACGCUCCAAGUCUAAGCAUGAGCUGAAAUUGCUGGAGAAAAUCCCAGACAACGCAGAGGCCACCGUGGUGCUUGUGGGGUGCGUGGAGUUCCUGGACCAGCCCACCAUGGCCUUCGUACGGCUGCAGGAGGCCGCCCAGCUGGAGGCAGUCCUGGAGGUCCCUGUUCCGGUGCGCUUUCUGUUUGUGCUGCUGGGCCCGAGCAGUGCCAACAUGGACUACCACGAGAUCGGGCGCUCCAUUUCCACCCUCAUGUCGGACAAGCAAUUCCAUGAAGCAGCUUACUUGGCUGACGACCGGCACGACCUGCUCAAUGCCAUCAAUGAGUUUCUGGACUGCAGUGUGGUCUUGCCACCCUCGGAGGUGCAGGGGGAGGAGCUGCUGCGCAGCGUGGCACACUUCCAGCGUGAAAUGCUGCGCCGGCGGGAGGAGCAGGAGCGGCGCCUGCUCACGGGGGCACCCCUGGAGCCCAAAUCACCAGAGGAGAAAGCACUGCUGAAGCUGAGGGUGGAGGAGGAGGAAGAGGAGGCGGAGGCCGACCCCCUUCAACGCACCGGCCGCCCCUUUGGGGGUCUGAUCCGGGAUGUCCGUCGGCGUUACCCGAAGUACCUCAGCGAUUUCCGGGAUGCUCUGGACCCCCAGUGCCUGGCGGCCAUCAUUUUCAUCUACUUUGCUGCCCUCUCGCCAGCCAUCACCUUUGGGGGACUACUGGGCGAGAAGACGCAGGGGCUGAUUGGCGUCUCUGAGCUCAUCAUCUCCACCGCCGUGCAGGGCGUCCUCUUCUGCCUCCUGGGGGCUCAGCCACUGCUGGUCAUUGGCUUCUCAGGGCCCCUCCUUGUUUUUGAGGAGGCCUUUUUCACAUUCUGCGCCUCACGUGGCCUGGACUACCUGGUGGGCCGCGUCUGGAUUGGCUUCUGGCUCGUCCUCAUCGUGCUGACGAUGGUGGCCUUCGAAGGCAGCUUCCUGGUGCGCUUUGUCUCCCGCUUCACCCAGGAGAUCUUUGCCUUCCUCAUCUCCCUCAUUUUCAUCUACGAGACCUUCUUGAAGCUGAUCAAGAUCUUCCAGGCGCACCCUCUCCACGGCUGCCACGGCAGGAACGGCACUGGUGGACGCCUGGCGGAGACCGGCAUUCUGGGACCAGAGAAUGGGACGGCGAGCCGAGGUUCUUCCGAAAUGACCGGCCAGCCCAACACAGCCCUCCUCUCGCUGGUGCUCAUGGCCGGAACGUUUUUCAUCGCUUUUUUCCUGCGGAAGUUCAAGAACAGCCGCUUCUUUCCUGGGCGGGUCCGGCGGGUGAUCGGUGACUUUGGGGUGCCCAUUGCCAUCCUCAUCAUGGUGCUGGUGGAUUCCAGCAUCCAGGAUACUUACACUCAGAAACUGUCGGUGCCCAGCGGCUUCUCAGUCACGGAUCCCGGCAAGCGGGGCUGGGUGAUCAACCCUCUGGGCAGCAGCCAGGCGUUCCCAGUGUGGAUGAUGGUGGCCAGCGUACUCCCGGCGGUCCUCGUCUUCAUCCUCAUCUUCAUGGAGACGCAGAUCACCACGCUGAUCAUCAGCAAGAAGGAGCGGAAGCUGCAGAAGGGCUCUGGCUUCCACCUGGACCUGUUGCUCAUCGUGGCAAUGGGUGGCUUCUGCGCCCUCUUUGGGCUGCCUUGGCUGGCGGCUGCCACGGUGCGCUCUGUCACACAUGCCAAUGCGCUCACUGUCAUGAGCAAGGCCGUGGCCCCAGGGGACAAACCCAAGAUCCAGGAGGUGAAGGAGCAGCGGGUCACCGGGCUGCUCGUGGCCAUCCUUGUGGGCUUGUCCAUCGUGAUUGGGGACCUGCUGCGCAGGAUCCCCCUGGCAGUGCUGUUUGGCAUCUUCCUCUACAUGGGGGUCACCUCACUGAAUGGGAUCCAGUUUUACGAGCGCCUCCACCUGCUGCUCAUGCCCCCCAAGCAUCACCCAGACGUGCCCUAUGUCAAGAAGGUGCGAACGAUGCGCAUGCAUCUCUUCACACUCUUGCAGCUGGCCUGCCUGGCUGUGCUCUGGGCUGUCAUGUCCACCAUCGCCUCGCUGGCCUUCCCAUUCAUCCUCAUCCUCACAGUCCCACUCCGGUUGUGCCUGCUCAGCCGCAUCUUCACAGAGCGAGAGACGAAGUGUCUGGAUGCAGCAGAGGCAGAGCCCAUCCUGGACGAGAGAGAAGGCGUGGACGAGUACAACGAGAUGCCGAUGCCCGUGUGAGACAGAAGGCUGAAACUGAGAAGGCUGAGCACCGAGCGGCCUCCCCUCCCCCCAGUGCCUUUGCAUGUCAGUGUGGGAGGAGAGGGUGGCCCCCAGAUCACCCUCUCUCUGUGUGGCCUGGCUGUGGAGGCCACUGGGUAGCAGAAUCCCCUGCCCUGCGUCCCUGUCAGCUGCUGGAGAGUCUAUGCACACCCCCUUGCUUCUACACGCUAGCUGGAGGGGGGCACACAGCUCCUCCAGGAAGGACAGUCUGCUACUUUCUAAAGGCCCUAAUUGCAUUUAAGGUAUUAAUCAACAGCUUUAUUAGAAUCAGAGUUGGGGACUGGAGGAGCAGCAGGAAAGCAGGACUUGGCCCCAGUGGCUCUGAGCCUCUUCAGCCUCUCCCUGUUCAGGAAAAAGGACCCAGAAGCAGCAGAGAGCUGGUAACAAGCCAGGGCAGGGUGCUGGGGCUUUUCUGGAGCAGGAACCUGGCCCUAGUUCUAAUCAGCCGGGGUGAGGCCUCCAGACCCUGCUGAAAUCAGGGCACUGGCGAGGAGGGGAGCAGGGGAUGUGAAUCGGUGGCUGACAAUAAAGCACAGAGCGCCUGCA